AUGUUUCCCUCAAACGCGUCCGUCCCAACAUCUAACGCGUCUGCAGAAAAUGGUUUCACGAUACGCUGCGAUGGCGAGGCUUAUGGCUACAAUCCCAACAUCCUCGACUGCGAAGACGCAAAGGAAUACUUGCUCCCCGAUGCGAGCACAUGGACAUUUGGUGAACGCCACACCGGCUUACCCGCAGACAUACUGCCUCUUCCAUAUUUGGUCAUGGGUGACAGAGGGCUCUGCUACGUCCAAGCAAUUCUGAUUGGGGACCAUACCACAGCCAAGGCGUCAUUAAAUAUGCUGCGUCGAGCUGCAGCAGCUCUUGUGGUGCAAUGCGCAACCAGUGUUGUAUCGCAAGGUGGUAUCGCGACAAACAUAGGUGGUGACAACAAUCUAGCUAUAAUACUUGGGGCAUACGAAAUGCCGGUUACCUGCCGCGGAACACUCGCGACGUGGGAGUCAUGCAGAGACGUUCUUUACGACAUGCCUGCCGACAAAGUACGACGAGUAUUUGGUCCCGGCAGCGAUCCGGCCGUUACGGAAGACCUUCCUUACAAAAUCGAUUCAUCGGAUCUGAAAUGUUCCGCCAAUAUAUUCAGUGCCGGUAAAUCUGAUGUGUCUUCAUUCUACGAUAUAUGGAAAGCCGUGACCGCCUUGUUUUCUGUUUGCGCACGGCAUGGGAAGGCCGGUAGUGUUAGGGGGCUUGGUGAACAUGGGGACGUGUUCCUCACGAUGACCGCAAGCGGGAGACUGGAACUGCCGAGCAAUUCUUCCCGAGGAUUCUCUUCCUAA